CUGCGCUUUGUUUUCAAACUAUUGCCAGGGUACACGUCUGUUGUUACGAUCAAACACAAAUAACAUGUAGUGCGACACAAAGUUCAAAUGUGGUGAUGUACGGGUUAAGAAAAGUAAAGAUCACUUUGCGAAGCAACAACGCAAAAUUAUACGGAAACAAAACGUUUUAAACAUCACUGCAAAACUAUAAUACAAAAACACGCAUCUAUUUUUGUAAUGCUUACAACAGGCGUAAUAAUUCGAUUUAGUGUUGGCUAGAGCUGCUGUAACGUGUAAGCAGACAACAGACAGGAGAGAUGGCUGCGAUAAAGAACAUCGCGCUGGGAAUUGCAUAUGGCCUGUGGGACAGCAUACGAGGCAUGACGCUGGUGCUCCACAUAGACAAUGAAGUGGCCCGCCAGAAUGCAGAGAUUGAGACAAUGCGACAAUUGCGUCGAAUGGAAAGAGAAAACUACAGGGAGUCUGAACGGUCGCCCUCUCCAGUGCCCAGCUCGGCGGCAGCAAUGAUACGUGAUGAGUAUGCGAAGCGUGCAGAGGCAAACUCCGAUGAGCGCACGCUGGAGAAGAUCAUGAAGAAGAAGCCUGCAGAGAAGCCACAACCACAGGCGGAGAAGAAAAUAGCCAAGAAACUUUUCAAAUGCUGUCUACUAAAUGGCGGCUUCACUUGGCUGAGCAUUGUGCUCUUCGAGUCUGUGCUCCUGCCCACACUGAAGUUCUGUUUGACGAUAUUUUAUGGCACACAAUCAGAUACUCUGCCAUUUGUAUGGAGUUGGCUGCACCCGAUAUUGUCGCUGCUUUUUGGCAUGAUGUGGGUGCUGCCCAUCUUCAUGUUAUCCAAAAUUGUCAGCUCUUUGUGGUUUGCGGACAUUGCCAAUGCCGCGUAUCGUGUGCGCAAGGGAAGGCCUCAGUUGAUACCGAGUAUAAGCAAACUGGUUGCGGAUUUCCUCUUCAGCAUGGUAGUGCAAAUGCUCUUUUUGGUCCAGAGUAUGCUGGUUAAUCUGGUGCCCGUGAAAUAUGUUGGAUCCUCGCUUUGCUUUGUGCAUUUGUGCCUGCUUUAUUCACUGUACUCCUUUGAAUACAAGUGGUUCAACAUGGGCUGGGAGCUGCAUCGACGUCUUACCUACAUCGAAAAGAAUUGGCCAUAUUUCUUUGGAUUUGGCAUACCGCUAACAGUGCUUACAAACAUGUCCAGCUCUGUGAUUGUCAGCAGCUGCAUAUUUUCCAUAUUCUUUCCGCUUUUCAUACUCAGCGGCAAUGAGGCGAAACCAAUUGUAGACACCACUGAAUUGUCGCUGAGACUCUUCUCGCCCGUCGUUUUCAUAUCAAACAUGUGCUUCGGUGGCAAUCCCUGGAGCAAGGCCAAUCGUCUCUUGGCUCAGCAACGUAAACAGUUGGAGCAACAACAUCGUCAGCGUCUCCUGCAGCGCGAAGAAGCGUUGCUCAAGCAGAAGAAGCAGCAGUACAUGUUGCAACAGCAGCGGGAACACGAUUUGCACACACGACGCGAUCAUUCGCGUUCCCAGACACCACAGAAUACUGCGCAGCUUGGCCAGCGGCAGUAUCGUUAUGCCCAACCGCCGGCGUUUGAUGCGUCACGAGUUCGGGAUUCCUCGGCGUCAUCUACGCACAGCUCCAAUGCGGCCACGCCCACCAGUUUCAGGCCGCCGCCCUACUUUGGAGGUGCUACAAUGCGCAACAAUGCCCCGUUGGUGCCCACGCCGUUGCCUGGAGCGCCGCGUGCUCCAAUUGUGGUGCGUGAGGAGACUGGACCCGACGACUGGAAUUUGUGAGAUUUUAAUGCAUAUGCAGACAGACUUACCACAUAUAAAAGUACCAAUAAUAAUGAUAGCAUAGGCUCUAUUAUGUAUAUAUAUAUAUCUCUUUAUGUACUGCAACGAACUGUGUAUGUUAAAAAUUAUUUUAAGUCUACGCAUAAUAAUUAUAAUGACAAUGACCAGCGAGCUUGGUCGGCUACCGACCAGCGCUAUCCACAACUAGUAGCUAUACUUAAAUAAGAUAAUGUGUAUUUCAACGCCCAAUUAAUGCAUAAUUGAUAGCGUUUUAUUUAGAGAUUUUUGCAUCACCUCUACGACAAUUAUUGCCCUAACGGGCGGGUGUACAAAGUGUAAUAAACGUUUUUUUUUGUAUUUUCGUCAA